UGGAUGUCCUCCCUUGGGUGUGGCUGCCCUGAUACUGCCUCCUUGCCUGGGGAGACCAGCUCAGGGCCAUGGCCAGGCAGCUUCAGAACAGAGGAGCAUUUGGCAAGACUCCUGUGUGAGGGUCCAUUGACCAGUUAGGAAGAAAAACUAAUUUGUCUUGUUCAGGGAAGGUCCCCAUCAGGAGACCUGAAGCCAGAUGCUCUCAGAUACAUGGCAGGAAGGCUGGGCUGUGCAGAGUAAUCUUUCAGGUCAGGCCAGUUUCUUCCCUGCCUGGCUCUGGAGGUUGCCACACACAGCUAAGCAGGGAGGGUGCCAGGCAGGUAAGACAGGUAAGCUGUUGUCCCAGAGCUACAUUGUGGGUUGGAUGCUGGCAAACUUCUGAAGCUCAUAUGUAUGCUUGAAGGAAGGCAGAGGGCCAUGGACCUUGAAAGGUUGCAGUGAUCCACCAGGGCUCCUGGUGGGAAGAGGCCAUGGAACAGCUCCCGUACCUGGAAGGUCCACCGCCUUGUCAGGAGGACCUGAGCCCCGUCCUCUAUGCCUUCACACCCACUGUCUCUCAAGUAGCCCCAUCAGAUGAGACCAUCCGAGGUGCCCUCAGACCUUAUGCUACAGGAACCAGACCAAUCUCCACGCCCUGCAUAGCUGGUGCAAGUCCAAAUGCUUCCUCCAGCCCCACUGCCAAGGUAUUCUGGGGAAUGGGCCCGAAGAGGGUGGCCCUCAUCAUCUGCCUUCUCGUCCUCAUUGUGCUGCUGAUAGCCCUCAUCCUGCUUUUUUUGUUCUGGCGGUCCAGCACAGGCAUUGUGUACAAGCAACCAGCAGAGAGCUGCAGUGACCAUGCUGUGCGGUGUGAUGGGGUUCCUGACUGUUCUCAGAGGAGCGAUGAACUGGAUUGUGUGCGCUUUGCGUGGAACCAGUCCUUGCUCCAUGUCUACUCAGGAGCAGAGAGGGAGUGGCUGCCUGUUUGCAGCCAAGCCUGGACCGAGGCCUUCUCCCGAAAAACCUGUCAGCAGCUUGGAUUCCUUAACGCUUCCGACACAGAAUAUGUCCCUCUGGCGUUUCCUGGGGAAAGUCUCAUGGCUGGCAAGAUGCGAAAAACCAUUCAGCAGAGCCUCAACAGCUCCCAGUGCCAUUCUGGAAAGCAUGUUUCUCUCCGAUGCACAAACUGUGGGCAACGGAUAUCUGGCCGCAUUGUGGGAGGCACUGAAGCACCUGCCAGUAAAUGGCCUUGGCAAGUGAGCCUCCAAUAUGGCUCUGCUCACAUCUGUGGUGGCACUAUCAUUGAUGCACAGUGGGUGCUGACCGCAGCUCACUGCUUCUUCAUAAAUAGUGUGAAAAUACUGGACGAAUGGAAGGUAUAUGCUGGCACCUCGGAUCUCAAGCAGACGAAGGAGGGGAUCCUGGUCUCUGAGGUCAUCAUUAAUGCUAAUUACAGUGAUGAUCACGAUGACUAUGACAUUGCCCUGAUGAAACUCUCCCAGCCCUUGGUCCUCUCAGCUCAGGUUCGCCCAGCUUGCCUUCCCAUGUCAGGCCAAAGGUUUCUUCCUGGGAGGGCCUGCUUCAUUACAGGCUUUGGCAAAAUCAGUGAAAAUGAAGAGAAUACAUCACCCAAGCUGCGGGAAGCAGAAGUGAAAAUCAUUGACUAUCGGCUGUGCAACAGCCAUAAUGUCUACGAGGGAUUCUUGACGCCCCGGAUGAUGUGUGCUGGGUUUUUGCAAGGGGGCAAAGACUCUUGCCAGGGUGACAGCGGUGGCCCCUUGGUUUGUCAGGACAAUAAUCGAUGGUACUUGGCUGGGGUCACCAGCUGGGGAACUGGCUGUGGCCAGCGAAACAAGCCAGGCGUCUAUUCCCAAGUGACCAAGUUUCUUGGUUGGAUUUACAGCCAAAUGGAGGUGAGAAGGUCCUUGCUCGCUUGCUCACUCGCUUAAAGGGAUGUAAAGAGGGGAAUUCAGGUGGAAUGCAGAAGUUGGAAAUGGGCAUGGAAAGAAGCUAGAGCAAGAGGGACAUUUGCACCCACUCCCCUGACAAGCUUCAUUAAACAUGGGGCAGAAGCAGGCUUAAUUGAGCUGCCCACCUGAUGUGGCAGGGAUUUGGUUUAGGCCUGGCUGUACUUGGCAUCCUCCAACCUGCUCUCUGGGAGAAGCACUGAACCUUACCUUACCUUUCCCAGGGAACAUCCAAGCACAGGGCCUCCUUUCACUAUGCAGCCACCAGGGAGAGGCAAAACAAGCAGAAAUGACCAGGAGUGGGAACUUGCCCUCCAACUCAGAUUACACAUAACUGGGGGAUGUGGGGUGGCAUCUUCCUUUCUCUCAGAAAAGGGGGACGUGGGGAGAAGGUAGCAGCCUCUCAGCUGCCUGGUUCUAGCUUGAGGCACAGCAAAGGAAGGUUCACCUCCCAAGGAUUGGGAGAGGUGAGCUAUUCAGGCUGUGCCAAGGGGUCGCUGCAGAUUUAAACAGCAGUCCUGAGACAGCAAUACUGCUUAUGCGCUGUUACCAUUAGCCAGCGAUUUUGCUUAGCCAGGAGUGUUUCCCUUUCCCCUUUGACCCUCAGCUGGCACUGGCUGAACAGAGGCUUGCUUGCUACUCUGUGCCUGGGAUGGAUUUUCUCCCACCAGGCCAGAGGCUGUUUCUAGGCUUCUUCAGGAUUCCCCUCUUUUUUCCUGUCUUGC